GGACUUCCUCGUCAACAAUAAAGCCUGGUUACCCUUGUCGCAUCUACUGCACAGUAGCAUAUACCAGCCAUUCGACAUGGCCGCAUUUGCCGAUAAAGACUUCAACGCCGAGCAAUACCAGUCUUACCGCCCGUCGUACCCUGACGAACUGUACGACACGAUCUACAAGUAUCAUGAAGCAGGAGGCGCUCAAUGGAAUCUGUGUGUUGACUUGGGUUGCGGAACAGGCCAGUCUGCUCGCACCACUGCGUCGCGACUUGCCAGUGUGAUCGGGGUCGACCCUUCCGAGGCAAUGAUCGAAAGUGCACGCAAGGUCCCACAGGGCCAUGCGAAAGGUGGGAGUAUGAAAUAUGUAGUGGCUCCCUCCGAGAAGCUAGAGUUCCUUGAGGAUGCGAGUGUUGACAUGAUCACCGCUGCGACCUCCUGCCAGUACUUCAAGUUUCCAGAGACAUGGGACGAGAUCCGACGCGUUCUCAAACCAAAUGGAACGGUAGCCUUCUUCAGCUACACUGCUUUCCAGCUGGGAUCGCCUCUGAACGCCCUCAAUACGUACAUCGACCACUGCAUCAAUUCAUCCAGUGCAAUGGGUCCUUAUCGCUCUCAGCCUGGGCACGACAUUGUGCAUACGUUUCUCGACCUGAUCCCCUCGCCUGGACAAGGUUUCAACGCGUCAGCCGAGCAAAGGAUCAAGUAUAUUGGCGAACAGUUUCCGCUCCUCCAUAUCGAGAAUCGCCAGCCUGUUAUCAUCAAAGCCAGCCUACCCUGGUCUGCGAUCGACGGCUGGUUCAGAACAGCGAGUUAUGCGCACAACUAUGCGAAGGCACAUCCGGAGGAUAAGCAGAACCCGGAGGGCGACAUCAUGGCUAGGCUGGUGAAGGAGCUGAAAGCGGAGGCUGAGAAGAUGGGCUUUCAUGAAAACCUGAUCAACGUGGAGACACCCAUGGCACUCUUGCUAUUCCGCAAGUCUGCAUAGACUUCGAAUGAGGCAGCGUUUGCGAGAAUCAGUCUUGGUUUCAGUACGUCAAUGAUGUGUAUCGAAGAGAAUGAAAUGAAA